GGCUCCAAAGCCAGCCCAGGGUGCUCUGAGGAGGAAAGACCCAGCCUGUGCCGGGAAGGCGGCUGGAGCUUGAGGCAGAGCUCUGAGCUGGUGGUCCCUGAGCAGCCUCCCAGCAGGGAGAAGCCCUUCAGAUGCUUGGAAUGUGAGAAAAGCUUCAGCCGGAGCUCCCACCUGCUCCAACACCAGCUUAUCCACUCUGGGGAACGGCCCUAUACCUGCUUGGAAUGUGGGAAGAGCUUUAGGAACAGCUCCACCCUUUGCAACCACCAACACAUCCACACUGGGGAACGGUCCUAUACGUGUGGGGAAUGUGGGAAGAGCUUCAGCCGGAGCUCCCACCUCCACAUCCACCAGCGCAUCCACACUGGGGAACGGCCUUACAGGUGUGGAGAAUGUGGGAAGAGCUUCAGCCAGAGCUCCAACCUCCUCACCCACCAGCUCAUCCACACCAGGGAACGACCCUACACAUGUGGGGAAUGUGGGAAGAGCUUCAGCCGGAGCUCCCACCUCCGUACCCACCAGCGCAUCCACACUGGGGAGAGGCUCUACAAGUGUUGGGAAUGUGGGAAGAGCUUCAGCCAAAGCUCCAACCUCCGCACCCACCAGCGCAUCCACACUGGGGAACGGCUCUACAAGUGUUCGGAAUGUGGGAAGAGGUUUAAAAUCAGCUCCAAUCUCCUCCUGCAUGAGCGGAUUCACACGGAUGAGAGGCCCUUCCGCUGCACUGACUGCGGGAAGGGCUUCAAGCAGCGUAUCCACACUGGGGAACGGCCCUACACAUGUGGGGAAUGUGGGAAGAGCUUCAACCAGAGCUCCAACCUCAUCACCCACCAGCGCAUCCACACUGGGGAACAGCCCUACAGGUGUGGAGAAUGUGGGAAGAGCUUCCACCAGAGCUCCGGCCUCCACAUCCACCAGCGCAUCCACACUGGGGAACGGCCCUACAAGUGCUUGGAAUGUGGGAAGAGGUUUCAGACCAGCUCACAUCUCCUCCUGCAUGAGCGAACACACACGGAUGAGAGGCCCUUCCGCUGCACCGACUGUGGGAAGGGCUUCAACCGGAACUCCACCCUCGUAAUCCACCGGCGCAUCCACACCGGGGAGAGGCCCUACAAGUGUGGGGAGUGUGGGAAGAGCUUCACCCAGAACUGUCACUUGACCUCACACCAGCGGACCCAUCAAUAAGGAAAGCCCUAAGAGUGCCCCAACUGCGG